AUGCUGCUCGUGCUGGUGGUGCUCAUCCCGGUGCUGGUGAGCUCGGGCGGCCCGGACGGCCACUAUGAGAUGCUGGGCACCUGCCGCAUGGUGUGCGACCCCUAUCCCGCGCGGGGCCCCGGAGCCGGCGCGCGGUCCGACGGCGGCGACGCUCUGAGCGAACAGAGCGGUGCGCCCCCGCCCUCCACGCUGGUGCAGGGCCCCCAGGGGAAGCCGGGCCGCACGGGCAAGCCGGGCCCCCCGGGACCUCCAGGAGACCGGGGCCCUCCAGGUCCUGUGGGGCCUCCCGGGGAGAAGGGUGAACCAGGCAAGCCUGGACCUCCUGGCCUGCCGGGUUCGGGAGGCAGCGGCGCCAUCAGCACGGCCACCUAUACCACGGUGCCACGCGUGGCCUUCUACGCGGGCCUCAAGAACCCUCAUGAGGGUUACGAGGUGCUCAAGUUUGACGACGUGGUCACCAACCUAGGCAACAACUACGAUGCGGCCAGCGGCAAGUUUACAUGCAACAUUCCUGGCACCUACUUUUUCACCUACCACGUCCUCAUGCGCGGCGGCGACGGCACCAGUAUGUGGGCAGACCUCUGCAAGAACGGCCAGGUGCGGGCCAGUGCCAUUGCCCAGGAUGCAGACCAGAACUACGACUAUGCCAGCAACAGCGUGAUCCUGCAUCUGGACGCAGGUGAUGAGGUCUUCAUCAAGCUGGAUGGAGGCAAAGCGCACGGGGGCAACAGCAACAAAUACAGCACUUUCUCUGGCUUCAUCAUCUACUCGGAUUGAGACCUCCGUACCCCUUUCCAUCCGUGGCUCUUCAUCCCUGGGCUCCCCUCUCGGGAGAGGCAAACAAGAACCCAUUCCCUACUCAUUUUCAAAUUGCCUGGCCCAGGCUGCCGACCCUCCCAGGCUGAAUAGCCCCCUAGCCCGCGUCCAACCACCCAGUCUUUACUCCGUGGAACACAAAGCUCCCCUCUUCCCGCACGCAGUUCCGGCCCGGGUGGCAGGUUGCCUUCCUGGUCCCAGCCUGCACUGUACAUGUGUACAAUAGGACUGUUUACUGCCUACCCCCUCCUGCCAGCCAACCCCAGUCUGGGGGGCGGGGAGUUGGCGCGGUUGCUUCCUGCAGGGUGACCCUGCCUUGGGGAAGAAUGGGUUAGGGGUUGGAUAGCUUCCCAGCACCCACAAAACCCUGGAACAGCUGCACCCGGUCUGACCAAAGCUAUAAUAAAAACAUUUCACCCC